UGGCAGUUUCAUAUCAUUAUAAAUAAGUCCCCACACUAACAAUACUUGUCAAAUUAAAUGGAGCAAACUCCAAGUCCAAAACAAAUUAGCUUCAAAGAAAUGGAGGAAGAUGAGAACAGAAAGACCAAACAAAGAAGGAUCCUGCUUAUAGUUAACUGCAUAUUAUUAACAAUAGGAAACUGUGGGGGACCACUAAUCAUGCGGCUCUACUUCCUCCGCGGCGGCAAACGAGUCUGGCUCUCAAGCUGGCUCGAGACAGGUGGCUGGCCCAUCAUCCUUGUCCCCUUAGCCGCCGCCUACUACCAACGCCGGCGCAGUCACAACCCAUCCAACAAGAUCAUCCAGAUGAAGCCGUUUUUGUUCAUCGGCUCAGCCGUGAUAGGGUUGCUGACCGGCUUCGACGACUACAUGUACGCCUACGGCGUGGCUCGUCUCCCGAUAUCGACAUCGUCCCUUAUAAUCGCAUCUCAGUUGGCUUUCACAGCCGUAUUCGCUUACCUUCUUGUUAAGCAGAAGUUCACGUCGUAUUCUGUAAACUCUGUCGUUUUGCUGACUACCGGUGCGGCCGUGCUGGCUCUCCACACGAGCAGUGACCGGCCCAACGGAGAGUCGGAGAAAUCUUACGUGAUUGGGUUUCUGAUGACGGUAGCCGCGGCGGUUCUGUACGGCCUCAUAUUGCCGCUGGUAGAGUUGAUGUACAAGAAGUCGAAGCAGAGGAUUACAUACUCCUUGGUCUUGGAGAUUCAAUUGGUCAUGUGUUUCUUCGCAACUGCUUUUUGCACAGUCGGCAUGCUUAUUAACAGAGAUUUCAAGGCUAUUUCUAAAGAAUCUAAAAAAUUUGAAUUAGGAGAAAAAACGUAUUACGUGGUGCUAGUAUGGAGUGCAAUAAUUUGGCAAGGGUUUUUCUUGGGAGCAAUAGGAAUAAUAUUCUGUUCGUCGUCGUUACUCUCUGGAAUUGUUAUUGCGGUUCUUCUUCCUGUGACAGAGAUAUUAGCUGUUAUUUUCUACAAAGAAAACUUCCAAGCCGAGAAAGGUGUGGCACUUGCACUUUCGUUGUGGGGCUUCGUUUCAUAUUUCUAUGGGGAAAUCAAACAAACCAAGAAACUUAAAAAAGAGGCAGAAGCCCAGGCGCAGAUAUUGAAGAAUAGGUCCACCACUUCCCCCCAACUACAUUUAGAGAUGCCUCAUAUUCACACCCCAUCAGCCUGAGAUCACUAUAUAUAUACCUACGACAAUUUCAUAUGGGAUAUCUCAUUUUAAAUUUAAAAUAUAAUAAUAUGUUGAGUUAUCCAUAUAUUAAAUUGCAUUAAUUAGGGUAAUGACUAUAUAUGGCAAAAUAGAGUGUUAAGACAAAAUGUCUCCUUGUCGUACUUACAUUUAUACAGACAUUGUUAGGGUUAGUAAUGAUGUUAUAUAUCUAUUCUAUAUAAAGUAUGCCUAUAUAACCGAAUUCUUGGUUUAUGAGAAA